AUGUCUACUUCUAACAAUCCAACUUACAACUCUAAUAAUGAUAAAUGGUGUUCUCAUUGCCAUAAGUUCAAAUUAGUAACUGAAUUUAUAAUACAUAGCGGAAGUGAUAUUAAAACCUUUGACACAUGUAAUAACUACAAAUCAUCUGACACAAUUGAUGAUAGAAAUAUUUCAUCUAUUCUUCCAAAUGUUGAAAUGCCUACUGAUACAAGUAAUAGCGAAAGUAGUGAGGAUGAUCUGAUUUACGAUAUUAAUGAUCUUGAAGAGUUUAUUAGCAUCAAAUUUAGAGAAUGUGAAGAGCUGAGUACCAACGUUGAGUUUUUAGUAAUAGUAGAAAUUGAAAAAGAAAUGGUGGAUAAUGAAAGUUUAUCCUUAGAACCUG